GGCGUGGCGCGGCGGCGGAAGCGGGCCGCAGCGCCGCAGGGUGUGUGUGCGUGCUCCGGGAGGCCGCCGCGCUGCCAUCGCCGCGCCAGCCGGGAUCCAGGCCGCGCUUGCUGCCGCCCCCGCAAGGAUAGCCAUGGAUAAAAGUGAGUUGGUACAGAAAGCCAAGCUGGCUGAGCAAGCUGAGCGCUACGAUGACAUGGCUGCUGCAAUGAAGGCUGUCACUGAGCAAGGACAUGAACUGUCCAACGAGGAAAGGACUCUACUCUCAGUUGCCUACAAGAACGUGGUUGGUGCCCGUCGCUCGUCCUGGCGUGUCAUUUCCAGCAUUGAACAGAAAACAGAGAGGAACGAGAAGAAACAGCAGAUGGGAAGAGAAUAUCGUGAGAAGAUUGAGGCUGAGUUGCAGGAUAUCUGCAAUGAUGUUCUGGUAAUAACAUGCACUGUUAAUGCUUCAACAGUUUGUGGUUAUUUUAACAAAGGCUCUGUUGCAGACAUUGUUUUUAUGACUUGGGCAAAAAAAAAAGUGAUGUUUUCUUUCUCAGGAACUCCUGAUAAAUACCUUAUUGUCAAUGCCACACAGCCAGAAAGCAAGGUCUUCUAUCUGAAAAUGAAAGGUGAUUACUACAGGUACCUGUCAGAGGUGGCAUCUGGGGACAAUAAGCAAACAACGGUAGCAAACUCCAGCAAGCUUACCAGGGCAUUUGAAAUUAGCAAGAAAGAGAUGCCAACACACCCCAUUCGACUCGGUUUGGCCCUAAAUUUCUCUGUCUUCUACUAUGAGAUACUAAAUUCUCCUGAAAAAGCCUGCAACCUGGCAAAGACAGCAUUCGAUGAAGCGAUAGCGGAGCUGGACACGCUGAAUGAAGAGUCUUACAAAGACAGCACUCUGAUCAUGCAGCUGCUUAGGGACAACCUCACUCUAUGGACGUCGGAAAACCAGGGAGAUGAGGGGGACGCUGGGGAGGGAGAGGAACUAACGACUGUCACGCUUCACUCUGUGUUCAGUGUCACCCUGUAUCCUACACAUGUAUCCCUUUGUGUGACAGCAAGAAAAAUAGUACAUCGACUUUUCACAACCUCAACGUAGCAACAAACUCUUCUGUGGGGGUCCAAGGGGUGGGCUGGUGUUUGCUGUAGCCACGCAGAGGUCAGUUAUCCCAAUGGCAUUCUGAACUUUCCUGUUCUGAACCCUUUGCAGUUCCCAUUACCGAGUUUAUAUUUUGAACUGAACACUGUGAUCAGGGGUUUUGUGGUUGCAGUUGACUUUACAAAACUCUCAUUGGUAGAAAAUAAACAUCAAACCUGUUACUUGGCAAGCUUAAUUUGGCACCAAAACAGCAGAGGUACAAAUUCUGUCAUAAAGUUGUACAGAAAGUUCUAGAGGCUCUGUCCUGACACAGGGCACAGAAGGGAAGCAAUCAAUGUGUGGCAUCCAGUUAGUGGCACUGCUCUGAAUUAGCUCAGCAGGCAUACUGUCAGCAUUAGUAACCCGGUCUGCGGCACCCACGUCCAUUCCAAGCUCACUUUGUCAAUCCUGUCUUUCUGAGGAUGGGGUUUGGGUUGGGGAGAAGUGCAGUGGGAGAGUUAUCAGCUUGAUCUCCAAACUCCUGGCACUGGCAGGUAGCUGGGAUUUGACUCCUCAAAGUGCUUUUGUGCUCAUAUGACAUGCAUGCCUAAGCCCCCUCCACAGCAAUAACUUUCCUGAUUACACCCUUAGAUAUUCUUCAGUAGUGACAAUUCUUGGCUCACAGCCAUGGACUUGUGAUAGGAGAAGAUUCAGUUAUUUUGAAUGGCCUUACUAGUUUGGACAAUAGCCAUGAAGGGGUCUGCCACUUUUGCAUUGUUUUGCUCUGAGGUGAAUGGAAAUCUCCAUGGUACUCCCAUUCUGAAGUUGUCCUGAAAGCUCCUGAAGUAAUCUGCCAAGCCAUCUCUUGAUUCACUCUGUAGGCCUUUUCCCAUUGGACUCUGUUCGUCCUUGACUCUGUCACCUGUUCUAGCUUCACUAAAGCUAUUGGGACUCCCACAAAUGCAUCAUCCUUUCUUUGGAGAUGGGUGAUGUCAGCAUGGUGGGUAAGACCUGCUCCAGAACAGGUUUCUCUCUGGGAUGUUUGAGAGCUGCCAGUGCUGUUGCAGUCUUCAGCUCUCAUCUGCCAUUUUUCAGUAGUACCAGGACCUGGCUCAGAUAUUCAGGAUUUCCCAUUUGUUGUGAUGGAAUGCAGACCUACACAUGUGUAACACUUGUAGUAUUUCAUCUCCAAAUGUCCUCACCUAGUUAUGUUUCAAACGUGUCCCAUUAACUUAAACCUAAUAAGAGUUACGUGAAUAAUGCAGUGGAAAAGAUAAGGAGCAGUCACCUCUCAGUCUCACAGUAUCAUCCCCUGCCUUCACAUUCCACUUAGCGAUAGGAUCAUAUGUUUGUCCAUCUGUCUGCUGAAGAGAAUUUCAUGCACUGAUUUUACAACUCCCCUUUCCUAGCUGAACAAAUUGUGCAGUUAAUACUUGGCGCUUGAUCAAUGCAGUAGUGAAUGUGGAGCCGAGCCUGUCUGUAUAUCUGGUAGCUCUCCUCGCUUUGUUUUUACUGACCAGUAUUCUGCCUAAAGUUUGCUUCUGUGACGGUUCUAUUGCCUAGCACACACGUGGUUGUGAGAAUAGUAUAGCAAAAAGAAAUACCUGGUUAUUGAUGUACUAGAUUUGUGUAUGUCUUUUCAACAGUUCUAGUUUCACCUUACACAGAAUAAUCAGGAAAGUGUAAAAGAAUUCAAAAAGUGAAUAAUAAAAAAAAUUU